UUGAUUAAAUGCAUGAAUUUUUUUCAGAAAUGCAUUUAAAAUUUUUGUUAUUUGCGGCUGCAUUUCUGUGCGUGUCCAAUGGAAUUGAGGGUUCCAAAAUACUAGGAGUAUUUUGGACACCAAGCAAGAGUCAUCACAUCCUCGGCAGUGCAUUGCUUCAGGCGUUAGCUAAGAAAGGCCACAAUGUCACAUUGUUGAGUCCUUUCAUAGACGACGUUGAUAUACCGACCUUCAAACAAAUAAAAUUGGAAGGAAUUAUAGGUACCACCGCCGCAGGAUUGCAACCUAACCUGACAUUUUCGACCGCAAUCCGCACUGUCUGGUCAGCUCUUGGAGGACUUACCAGAAUUUUUUUUGAAAAUAAGCCCGUCAAAGAUCUGAUAGUGUCUAAGGAGCAGUAUGACGUUAUUCUUUCUGUGAACUUCAUGAAUGAUGGAAUUUUGGCUUUGAACCACCACUUGAGGGCACCAACUAUUUUGAUCUGGACGGGUGCUUCCAGCUUCGCCAUUAACAGAUAUGUGGCGAAUCCAAACAUGCCCUACAGCCAGAAUCCGAUUUUUGUCACAGGUUCUCACACUAGUUUUAUUGCAAGACUCUUAACGACAUCAGCGAAUGCCAUAGUAACAGGGGUAUUGAAUCAUAUUUUUGGGCCUAUUCAGGAGAGUGUCGCUAGAUCCUAUUUGCCAGAUUGUCCACCAGUAUCCGAAUUGAGGAACAAUAUUUCUCUGGUUAUGGUGAAUUCUCAUUUGAGUUUAGAGUCCACGAGGCCUUAUGUACCCAACAUGGUUCAGAUCGGUGGUUUCUACGCACAAACAGCCAAGAAAUUACCAGAUGACCUCCAGAAAUAUCUCGAUUCAGCAAAGGAAGGUGCUAUAUUAUUCAGUUUCGGAACCAACAUGAAAAUCAAAGAUAUGGAUGAGGACAAACUCAAAGCCAUCCUAGAAGGAUUGAGAAAGAUUGCUCCUAUGAAGGUCGUGUUCAAAUCUGAAAUCGAAUUGAAGAAUGCUCCAAAAAAUGUUUUGGUUUCUAAAUGGUUACCACAAAACGACAUUUUAGCACAUCCAAACAUAAAGGCAUUCAUCACUCAUGGAGGUCUCGGAGGAAACACUGAAUCUGUUUAUCAUGGAGUUCCCAUGAUAGGUAUUCCUCUUUUCGCAGAUCAGAAGUCGAACGUAGAAAAUGCCGUGCAAGCUGGGUAUGCAAUCAAGAUAUCUUAUGAAGAUAUAACUCAGGAAACUGUAGAUAAGGCAUUGGAGGAAAUCUUGAAAAAUCCUUCAUACUCAAAGAUGGCCAAGAAGCGAUCUUCUUUGCUGAAGAAUCAACCCAUAAAUCCUUUGGAUAAAGCCAUAUGGUGGGUGGAACAUAUCAUAGAACAUAAAGGAGGCGAACAUCUGAGGAAUUUAGGAAUGGAUUUGGAAUGGUACCAGUUGUACAUGGUUGAUAUUAUCCUCUUCUACUUGGUUGUUAUAGUGAUUUGGUCAGCUUCUUCCUUCCUCACUUUGAGAUGGGUCAUCAGAAAGCUGUUUUUCAGGAGCAGUAAGAAGACUAAAAAAGACUAAAAUAUGAUUAAGAAUAGGGUUAAAUGUUUGAAUAAAUAUUUUUUUAUU